GGGUCCUGAAUAACCCAGUCGUGUUCCAAAAUGGCGUCUUCCAGCAGAACGCAGGUGAUUUCGUUGUACCGAAUGCUUAUACGAGAGUGCAAGAAAUUCCCUUCAUAUAAUUACCGGACGUAUGCCCUGCGCAGAGUGAAGGAUGGUUUCAGAGAGAACCGGAAUGUGGAUAACCCCAAAAUGCUGGACCAUCUCCUGAGCCAGGCCCGGGAGAACCUGGCAGUCAUUAAGAGACAGGUGUCCAUUGGUCAUCUUUACUCUGCCCAGAAGACCGUCGUGGAACAGUAAAGACAGAGAGGUGCACCGAUCACGGUGGUCGAGACAAGAUGUCCGCGCACAGCCUCGGAGAGAGAAAGAUCCGUCCAGCAACGGGGUUGGGGAGGUUUGGAUAAUUUACUCACCAUGCCCUUCGUUAAUGUUCCUAACCAAUCAUGUGUCCUCUUCCUAGGAUUGGUGAUGUAUGUGGACCCUACUCUUCUGUGAGAGCCAUAUCCUUGUAACACUGUGUGACAGUAUACAGUACAGUCUUUUGCUUUAGCAUUUUAAAAAAUGUUUAUUUUUGUCUCUUCUGCAUUGGUGUAAUAAACACCUCUGAGGCAUUCCAUUUUAAAUCUGUACUUCUGUUUUCUUUUUGUCUGAUAUUUCUCAAUUAAAAGCCAGCUCCAAGCAGCCUUAGUGGUCCAUUUGUGUCGCUGAAACUAGUGUCGCUAUUAAAUUAU